AUGGCCAGUCUCACAGGAGCACCCCAGCCGUCGAGCUUGGCGCCCCACCUGAGCCCUUCCUCAACCUCCUCGUCAACCACCCUUGCGCCUCAAGCGCGUAGAACCUUCCAGGAGAGCUUCGACAGGUUCGAGAAGACGGUCCAGAAAAGAUCGAAGAAUGAUCAACGCGAUUUCAACGACACAACGCUACGCGACGUCCAGGAAGCAGCGAAAGAAAUUGAGCAGCAGCUAGCUGCACGGCAGUGCCUUCGCAAUCUGAAGCGUCUUGAACCACUUUUGAGUGGACUUGAAGCAUAUUCAAAGGUUGUAGAGGUUCUCUGCAAUGGCACACCAUAUGUACCAUGGAUCUGGGCUCCUAUCAAGUUGAUGAUGAAAUUGGCCACAGAUAAUAUCAGUGCUUUUGAGAAACUGAUAUCAGCAUACGCACAAAUUGCUGAAAACCUGCCUCGAUUCGAUCGCCUCAGCAAUGCUUUCCGCAACAAUCCGGAUUUCCAACAAGUGCUUGCUGUUGUGUAUAGUGAUAUACUAGAAUUUCAUCGACAAGCCUACAAAUUUUUCAGGAGAAGUGGCUGGAAGUGCUUCUUCAAGUCCUCAUGGGGCCAAUUCGAAGCGAAGUUCAACUGCAUCCUAGAGAGCAUGUCGAGACACGCAAAACUCGUCGACCAGGAGGCAAACGCAUUCCUUAUUUCCGAGACAAUGCAAUGGAGAAAGGACGCUCGUGAAGCAGCAAACAGAGCAGAAAAAGAUCGAAGAGUUGUACAACUGACUGCAUCGCUUGCGUGGUUGGGCGUUGAAAAUGUUCCGCACUGUGGCCAGUCGUACCAGGACAAUUCCCUAAACACUUUAACGAAUGAUUGUUGUCCGGGCACAACUGACUGGAUAAUGAAACACCAAAAAAUGCAGGCUUGGCUUCAAGACGGACGAGGCUCAUCAACUUUAUGGCUGAAAGGCAAACCAGGCUCAGGGAAGAGCACUAUUUGUGCUCGAAUUGCCCAAUCUCUCCGCACCUACUCUACACAUAGACGCUAUACGCUUUUGUAUUGUUUCUACGGUUACAGAAUAAGCACCUUCCAUCCGGACCCGGUGAUCUUCAUCCUGGCUACUCUAGCGUCUCAGAUUCUUCGCCAGAACAUCAAACUCUCUGCGUACAUUUACGAAGAAUUCGUUGCUGAAGCUCGUUCACCUUCAAUCAGAGAGCUACAGCAAAUACUGUCUGACCUAAUGCCCCAGCUGAAGAUGCCCCGGAUUCUGAUUGAUGGUAUCGACGAAUGUGUUCACUAUGACUGCAAUGGUAGACCGCGCGAUCUCAAUCCGGUCAAGGGUGUCCUUCAGGCCAUCUUGCAACUUGAACAUCCGGUUAAUGGAAUGCCGCCACCCAAGAUCCUUCUCGUCAGUCGUGACGUUUCGCAAGUUACAGUAAAGCUUUCCAAGAAGCCAACAGUGUCGCUUGAUGACGAGAACGAUGCAAUUACAAUUGCAAUUCGAUAUUUCACGAAGCAAAGGUUUCGCGAGAUUCAAGACAGGUUCGAAAGUUUUCCCGAUGUCGACAACAUCCUCAACAAAACCGAAGAUAUGAUCAUUUCAAGAUCUCAAGGGAUGUUCCUCUGGGUCAAAUUAGUGUUAUCACAUCUAGAAGAAGACGCGUAUAAUUUGAACGACCUUGAAGCUGCUGUUGCAAAUAUGCCUGUCAGUCUAAACAGCUUCUACGACCGGAUUCUAGCUCGCGUCAUGCUUCUGAGCCCUUCUUCACGGGAGCGAGCAAACAGCAUGUUAAAUUGGAUGAUCUGCGGAAGGCGUCCAUUGCGAUCCGUUGAACUCCAAGACGCCAUCGCCUUUGCCACCGGUCAGGAUACCCUAACGGAAAGGUCGAAACUCCCUAAAACGAUCCUCGAUCUCUGCAAGCCGUUGAUUCAAACUCACUCUGACGGUCAUGUUUCCUUCGUUCAUUUCACUGUGCAAGAGUUUCUCCUUGGAAGAACAUCUACUAGUUCACUCGAAUCGGAACGCUGCGUGUCUAUGAGCUGUCUGAAGUACCUGAACUUCAGCCUUGGCCUUAUUCGACAGUAUGCAGUAUAUGACUCACGAACGGUAGAUGUAGGGAAGUGUCUGUAUACUCUGCAGUCAUAUGCAAAAGAGCACUGGCUGGACCAUUUACUGGCCUUCAUAUCGAAACUCCACGGCGUUGCAGAUAAGCAGUUAGAAGAGCGUUUAGAUCGUCUUGUUGAUAUCAUUCAGAGUCAUCAAACACAGGCUAGUAAUGCCAGUCUCAACUUCAUUUCAGAAGGCCCAGAAUCGGCACUGUCCCUGGAACCGCGCCUGGAGCAUAUCAGGCACUCUGGAUAUAUCUAUGAAGCACUUUGUAAAGUUGUCAGGCAUCGGCAUCAGCAAAUGGUACACUUCAAGAAUCCUGCCUUAGCGCACCUCCAUCCAGAUCCAACUCCCUUCAGCAUCGUACAAGCGGAACAUCAAAAGAGAGUCGAGGUUCUCCUUUCAUCUACCUCAUUUCCCGGUCUAACGCCCGCGCAACUGGCCAUAUUUCAUGACUAUCACAGGCCAUUCGCUUUUGUGUGCCGUUUUCCUGGAUGCUCGAGUAUCUUAGCUGGCUUCGCUACCCACGAUGAACGCGGUCAGCAUGAAAAGUCUCAUGCUCCGCCGCUCGUGUGCACACACUCCGGGUGCAAGUAUACCCUUGGUUUUAGCUCCUUACAACUCCUAAAGAGACACAUUCGAGAAUUUCACAAUGCGGCUCUUGCAGGUAUUCCGAGAAGCUUAAGACCUCAGAAGGCAAGAUCUUUAUCAAAAGAUGCUCCCGACAGCUACACAAAAGGUUCAACGCAGCUUGAUAAAUCCGACUAUAAUACCACAAGCAGUAUGAAGAAAAACGCUCCCCACGAAGAGCGAGCCACGGAACAAUAUUUCGACCAAAAGCUACUCCAGGGCUAUCUUGAGGCUCAACCUUGGUACACACCACCAUUGUCAGAAACGGUUCAUGAAAGAGAAGUACGAAUACAGACGACGGACCUUCGCGAACCACUACUACGUCUUUUUAAGCAGCUCAGGACCAACCCCGAUGCAUGGCCAUUUGGCACAGCGGAGAUUGCAGGAGGUGAUAUUUCAAUCCAAGAAAUGGAGAGGAAGCUCGACAAAAACCUAUAUCCAACGUUAGAGGGUUUUGUGCAUGAUGCUCAGUCAAUGUUCAAUCACUGUCGAAGUUACUAUAUUCCUGAUAAAUCGGUGAAGGUAAUCCAACGAGCGGCGGAAUCGGCAGAUCGUUUGGAAGAGUUCAUGUGGAAACAGAUUCGAGAGAUGAAAAUACACAGGUCUUUCGACCCCUCUCAGGUAAAGAUGAAUGAGAGAUUCUGGCGAUCGAGGACCAGCAGCUAUAACCCUGGUAAUGGCGACCUGUCAGGCGGUUCUAUUUCUUUACGUGAACUGGAGUAUGAGCAUAUGGAAUCAACGCCUGGAAACAUUCACCAUGCAACGGCUCACAACCCCGAUACGACAGGCACCUCCUUCGAUACAAUCUCAAGCAUCCCAAUGCCUCUGCCAAGAGCUUUUCUUUCAUCUUCAUCGGCCCAGUCAAGUGGUUCAACCGCAAACACAAGCCCACCACCAACAAAAUCUACAAAUUCUAGGGUGGCUUUGCACCACUUCGUACAGUACUAUCGCGUCCAGCUACAAAAAGGACAAAUACUCUCAGGCUGGCGGCUGACUACUUCGCCAGAAGAGCGCGGUACAUUUGCUUACAAGUUCUUUAUACAAUGCUCCUCGAUAAUAAUCGAGAUCCCGGAUAUGGAAGCUACGCGUCUUGCUCUCCAGUUCGAAAGAGCCAACUUUACGAGAGCGCAGACAAGGGAACAAUACGUACAAUUAACCCAACAGGGCCUAAGAUCAAUGGCACAGCGCAUACAGAAUACAGAUACCAGCAAAGCCAAUUCCGCGACCACAUCAGGGGAGAUCAACGCACCGCAGCGAGACGAAGUUCCGGCGCCGUUCGUGUCUCCAGGUCAAGUCCUUCUGAACUACGCUUCUGAAGGCGUUCCUAUAGAUUUUGGUCGUAGCGGACCUUCUACAGUGGAGCAUCUCAAGGGUAUUGAAAGCCCAGCGCCAUCACCUACUAGUGACUACGGUGAUCCUGGAGCACCACGACCUAUAUCCUUGUCACCACGCCCCCCACCAAAUUUCCUGCCGAGUGAGUCUAGUAUGCAUUUUAAAAAACUCGAAGCAGUCGGAUACGAGAGCUUGGAAACUUCGACUGCUAGACUUGCGCGCGAGAGGGCUGAUGCGGAUGAGCGUCGCAAUCAGCAAUUAUCGAUGUUACGGACGCCGUCACAGGAGGUGACAAAACCCACUGGUUUGGGAUCUCCCUUCCGAUUACGAUCAAUGGGGCCUUGGAUUUGA